ACUGGUUUGGUUGCUUUCACUAUAAUCUCCACAAUACUGGGUUCAUGGGGCUGAGUGCACGGGAACAGGUGGGCAGCAGGAGGCUGCUGGAGUUACUGGAGACGGCAGACUUACUCUCCUUGGCUGGCACUGUCACUAAGAAGAAAUCUACAACAUGCACGAGGGCAGGAGCCAUUGAUGCAAUACUACAGAACAGUCAGAGUGCCUACGAGCUCUUAAACCGUAGAAAAGUUCUCCGUGACAUCAUUGCUACAUACCUAAAAAAUGAAGGCGUAUCUAUACCCCAGAAAAUCACAAAGGCUGAAGUUGUUUUGAAAACUCUUGCAUUUUGGAGUGAGCUGGAUUCCUGUAUGCCAACAGCAAGAGUAUUUACUCCAUCUUCAAUAAUGCAACCACAGGCAGCCUCUGCUUCUGAUUUCUCUCGCUCAUUCUACUUUCAUACCGUUAAACCAUCUACAAGUACCCCAAUAGAAUAUUCCAGCAAAAUAUGGACUCUUGGCGCUCCGACAUCAGAUUUGGAAUAUUAUGUCAGCCAUAGAAUUCGAUCAACCCCUUCUCCUUUGCAAACUGAUGAGGGAUAUACUGUAACUGAAGGAAUGAAGGGUACACCGCAGAAAUCUCAGUCAUCACCUGUCAGUAGGCAACAUAAGAAUAAAGUCUCCCCGCCUCCACCUGUAUAUCAAUCUACACAUGAUGAAAAAAGUACUAGAGAAGUGGUGACUUCCCUGUCGUCCCCGUCCUUAGCUGGCGAGUACGACGUUGGCCACAGUGUCCGAUCAUCUAAAAGAUCCACUUGUCCUCUGCGAAUUGACGAGGCAUAUACUGUAAGCGAAGGAGUGAAGGGUACACCGCAGAAAUCUCCGUCAUCACCUGUCAGUGGGAAUGUGACGUACAUGACAACCCGCUCCAUGUCACAGACAGCGCGACAAUCUGCAAAUGUUAAGUCGAAGACCGAAACAGCGGCAGCCGCUCCAUACACAGGCGCUGUACAGCCUGGAAUAAUGCAACAUAAGAAUAAAGUCUCCCCGCCUCCACCUGUAUAUCAAUCUACACAUGAUGAAGAAAGUACUAGAGAAGUGGUGACUUCCCUGUCGUCCCCGUCCUUAGCUGGCGAGUACGACGUUGGCCACAGUGUCCGAUCAUCUAAAAGAUCCACUUGUCCUCUGCGAAUUGAUGAGGGAUAUACAGUAAGCGAAGGAGUGAAGGGUACACCGCAGAAAUCUCCAUCAUCACCUGUCAGUGGGAAUGUGACGUACAUGACAACCCGCUCCAUGUCACAGACAGCGCGACAAUCUGCAAAUGUUAAGUUGAAGACCGAAACAGCGGCAGCCGCUCCAUACACAGGCGUUAUGGGGGAAGAAGGUGCGUCACGUGUUUGGCCAGUUGACUGUGAAAAGUUUACCCGUGAUUUCUGUGAAUGGUACUACAGUCUCCUCAAUUCCCAAAAUGCCUCAUCUGGACCACAUAAGAAAAACUGGGGCCCUCAGCACUUCCUGGAAAAUGCUGUGCUACAUCUAACGUACAUGUCAUCCAGGGGGAAAUACAAAGGUGGCAGGAGCGUGAGUGCGUGUUUACUUGCUCUAGUACAGGAAGACAAAUUUUGUUUUCAACCAAAUAUUACUAGUAGGAAGGUAAAAUGUGAGAGGUCCCCAAAAGGUGUGGUGGUGGUAGUGGUUUAUGGUACCCUGUUCCGGAAUAAGUCAUUCGUGGGUACAUUUGAUCAGGUCUUUGAGGUGGUUGGGAACUUGAGAAACAAUAACUGGAAAAUACAAUUUACUGAUCUGAAAAUCAUAAACAAUUCUUAAGAGUCUACAUCAUUGUAUAUCAUGAAAUAAACUUCAUGGAUUGUAUAGCCAAAUGUAUACCUAUCCCUAUGGCCAGUGUCCUGCUCUCCCUUUUCAUGGUGUUGCUUUGUCCAUGGGUCAUGCACUUGUGUGCCUACUCGGCCUUUGACAGGUCUAGCGUGCUUCAAUCUCCCUGACUUCUUCAGCUAAAGCCCAAGUGCCCCAGGCUGAACAAUAAGGUCAGAUUGCUAAGAUAUGGGUAUUUUCAACUCUAUUGUGUAAAUAAAAAACGUAAACCAUCCUAGAUAGCAUUAUCACUAGGUGUGAGCAUAUUGUCAACUGCUCAGACCAAAACCUAGGACUGUGUAUACACAAAGGGAGCAGAUAGGUAACUGGAUAUCAGUUGGGUGGAAAUAUGGCAAUGAGCGCUCAAUACACCCCCACCUAUAAUCCCCCAACACACAACAAGUUACCAAGGUGCAGUGUAUCUAUGCUGAUUUGCUACCCCUUGUCUACAGACUAAUAGAAUUGGCUACAAAUAAGUCUUGCUUUCUUCAUUGAAGCUCUCCCCUAUCUCUCAGGGUAGGCAACAAAGCCUAAUUUGCUCGACGCGUUUCUUUAGUUGCUUUUAUUAUGCAACUUAGUCAUCAGGAGCGACUGGAAGCUGAUCAAGACAGACAAACAAACAGAGAGUGCUGCACGCUCUGGUACAUGGCGUGCAGACACGUAGCCUGCGGCACUGGGGCGCAAAUCAGCAUAGAUACACUGCACCUUGGUAACUUGUGUGUUGGGCAGUGGCGACUCUAUGAACAAUAUAUAGGGGGGGGGCAGAUAAGAUACCACAGUCAAAAAUGGG